AUGGCAAUUCCACCAGGCCAGCGCUCUCAGGUUGAUGAGCUGCCGGGUAAAGAGCCUGAUCCUUAUCUAGCAUGGGAGGAGGAGAGUCUGCUGCUAGCAAACAGCAGAUACAGAUUUUCUUUGAUAUCACGAUUCGGUGAUAGGAGGCCUACUCUCAAGGAGAUUAGAGAGUGGUGCUCCAAGGCAUGGAGCUUGACUGGUAAGAUCUCUCUUGCUGCUCUAAAAAAAGGUUUGAUUUGGAUUCAUUUUGAAUGUGAAGAGAACAAAGUUUUGGAGAAGGGGUUGGGUAUGGAAGACCGCGAUGUUCUUGCAUCGAUGGUGCCCGGGGCUUGA